AUGUCUACCAGCACAAACAUGAGAGUAUUCCGAUUAAGAAGUGCAUGGCGCUUGAGCCAAACCAGCAGGCUGUCCGCUCCUAGAUAUCAAAACCAAUUCCGCAGCGUAGCAACCAAGCAAGCAUCUCCGGCGUAUCCUCAAACAUCGUCAACACUCAAUCAAGCAAUCCCGAAUCCCAGUCCAUCAACAUCUCUCGCGGUAAAGAAGCUUGUCACUCCGAUUCACCGGACGGAAGAUCUGUGGCAUCCCCGAUCUCGUCACAAAGGGGGCCGACGAGUGAAGCUCAUCAGGGGGAGGAACAGACUCUGGCGGAUUCGAUGA